AUGGGCUGGUUUCCGCGGUUCCCUGAAGUCCGCUUGCUUUCAGCCAUCAUGAGCUUGGUUUUGCUCUUCUCCAUUCUCUACUUCGUGGAUGGAAACGACGCGGGAGGAGCCAUGGCCCUUGUUCCCGAGAAGAAUCGGAGCGCCGGCAGCACUCGGAAGCUCUUCCGCAUCGUGGGGGAGAGGAUGGGGGUAGAGUCGUGCUCGAAGGACGACGUGGUGGUGUACCAGGGGCCGACGGCGCCGCUGCCGAACGGGAUACCGACGUACACGGUGCAGGUACUGAACGUGUGCUCGACGGGGUGCGCGGUGGCGGACAUCCAUGUGAGCUGCGGGUGGUUCAGCUCGGCACGUCUUAUCAACCCCCGGGUGUUCCGCCGGAUCGGCUACGACAACUGCCUGGUCAACGACGGCGCCGUGCUCGGCCCCGGCCAGUCCCUCUCUUUCCAGUACGCCAACAUACCCCUACCCGCUCUACGUCUCCUCCGUCUCCUGCACUUGAUCCUGCUUGGUGCUAGUAGUAAUAACCGAGCUGGAAGCGGAUGUGCUUUGGUGGAGCAGUUCUUACUCUAUGAACCAAGUAUGUGUAGAUUUGGUGUUGCUACUUCUGGUUAUAAAGGUAAUGAUAAUGAUUCUGCUGCCAUGUCAAGAUCAGGGUUUAUUCAGAUUUGA